AAUAUAAAUAAAGACCCUUAUGUGCAGUAUUAUAUAUAAAGACAUAAGAGAGGCCUCUGAUCUUACAAUCUCUUAUCAAACAAUCUGAUCAAUCUCUCACACCCUCUUUCACCUUCAAUAUACUUCACCCAUCAAAUUCAAACAUGAAGCAACAAGGCAACUCCGUUUUCAUUUUGGGGUCCAUUCUCAUUUUGCUUCUUUUCUGGCAAACAACAUCAGUCAAAGCUCAAGAAGUUGAGGAUGAGAAAGAGUUUGAUUAUGCCAAAGGAAGCGAAAAGGGUCCGGAGCGAUGGGGAGAGAUAAAGGAAGAAUGGGCAGCUUGUAAGCAUGGAGAAAUGCAGUCUCCAAUCGAUAUGGUGAAUAGGAGGGUGAAAAUAAUCAGAAAAUCAAGGGAGUUAGUGAGUAAUUACAAGCCUUCCAAUGCAACUGUCAAGAACAGAGGCCAUGAUAUAUCGGUUCAAUGGACUGUUGGUGAAGCUGGAUCAAUUAAGAUCAAUGGCACUGAGUACCAACUCCAACAAGGCCACUGGCACUCCCCUUCAGAGCACUCCAUCAAUGGCAGAAGGUAUGCCAUGGAACUGCACUUGGUACAUGUAAGCCCACAAGAGAACGGAGAGGAUAAGAUUGCUGUCAUUGGGGUCCUCUACAGGAUUGGUCGACCUGACUCUUUUCUCUCUCAGUUGAUGAGGAAUAUAUCAGAUAUGAUUGAUAAGAAGGAAGAGAGACACUCUGGGGUGAUUGAUCCAAGAGAAAUUAAAAUGGGUGGCAAAAGAUAUUACAGAUACAUGGGAUCACUCACUGUUCCUCCUUGCACUGAAGGUGUUGUUUGGACCAUUAAUAAAAAGGUGAUGACUGUUUCAAGAGAACAAGUGAAGUUACUCAGAGAGGCUGUUCAUGAUUAUGCAGAGGAAAAUGCAAGACCACUACAACCACUCCACGAUCGAGAGAUCUACCUCUACAAGCGCCCAUAGUUUCUAAUAGAGAGCAUAAAUACAAGUAAUUGAUGAAGACAAAGAGUUAUUAAUACACAUUAUUGUCAACAUCCACCUUUCAUUUGUUAUUAUUACUUUUUAUUUUUAUAUUUCUAGCUGGAGGGCAUGAAUACAUAGAACAAGACUAGAAUGGACUUUUUUUGUUGUGAACUCUGUCCAUGUAUUAUUAUCAUUCUUUCUCAUUUUAAUGAAAACAUUUUGGCGCUUUAUUUAGCCGUGUUA